GGGUUGACGAAAAUGAUGCUCUUUGCCUUUCGAGUUUGGGGCCCUCUCUCUUCCCUUGUGCUCUCCCACUGCCAACCAAAACAAUCAAUUAUUAAUUAUUAAUUAUUAUUAUUAUUAUUAUUAACCCAAAAACAAAACUAUUACUUACUGCUCUCUUUGUCUUUGUUCUUGUUGUUUCCACGCCUACACUCCAUUAUUCCCCUUUUCCAUUUUCCUCCCAACUUUUCCUAACUCCACCACCCACAUUGCAAUUCUCUUCUGAACCUUUACAUUUUCCAUGUGGGGAUGAGUAAGUUGCUUCCUUUUUUGUUCUGGACUUGUGGGGUUUUUGCUCAUCUUUCAUUGAAAUGCUAAGGGAUGAUCAUUUGGCCAUUCAUUCAGAGUAUUUCUGUGUCUGCUAGCACUACAAUACACUACAUAUGUUUCGGAGAUUAGGAUGGUUCGUGGGUCUGAAUCAAACCAAUUUGUCAACCAAAAGGUUGCUCAAUGCAGACCAAACUGCCUCUGCUAGGCCAAAUCACCAACUUCCUAUGCUCGAUGCUGUUCAUGAAGUUGCUGUUUACAUUCAUAGGUUUCACAAUCUUGACCUUUUUGAACAAGGAUGGUACAGAAUCAAGAUUACUUUGAGAUGGGAGGACGGUGAUGACUCCCAUCCCGGGGUUCCUGCACGGGUUGUUCAGUAUGAAGCUCCUGAAGUGGGUGCUGACAAUUUAUGUGGAGUUUGGAUGAUUGAUGAUAAAGACAACAGUUUUUCAACGCCGUCAUUCCGGAUUAGAUAUGCAAGGCAGGAUGUAAUUCUUGCUAUCAUGAUCUCAUUCUAUCUAUCUUAUGGCAGAUACGAGGGGAAAUCGUCUGCUGUUAUCUUGAAGUUUGAGCUCUUUCACACUCCAACACCUGAAAUGCGGCCCGAGUUACAAAGUUCGGUAAAUGGAUGUGCAGCUUCAUUUCAUGAGUAUAGGAUCCCUCCUAAAGCUCUUUUGGGAUUGCAUUCGUAUUGUCCUGUACAUUUUGAUGCUUUCCAUGCUGUCCUUGUUGAUACUAGUGUUCAUAUCAGUCUACUAAAAUCUGGUUAUCUCACACCACAACUGAAGGUACCAAGUGAUUCUUUGGCUUCUAAAGGAACAUAUGGUGAAGAAUGUGUUAGGUCAAGCAAGGCUGCACUCAUCAAAGCAUUGAUGGCUGCCCGUGAUAUCCUGCUUGAUGACCUGAGAAGAAUAAGCAAAGGAACUAACCAAGCUAUUGAUUUGACUGGAAUUACUUUUGAACCUUAUGAUACUAAGUCACUCAAUUCUACUUCAACAGCACAUGAAAAAAGUACUGAUGAUGAGGUAUCGCUUCAACUGUCUGAUGGGACACAAAUCAGUGCUGAGAAAGUUACUCAAUAUAUCAAUCAUGUUACUGAGGAAUUGUCUCAACCUUUUUCUUGGGAUGACAUGUUAAACUCCUUCCAGUUUAUUGGGAAUCAGCUCUUAUAUCUCUGGAAUACAUUUCUGAAAUUCCACAGGGAAAAUAAAACAAAGAUACUGGAAUUUCUCCGUAACUCAUGGGCUAAUGAUCGAAGAACUGAGUGGUCAAUAUGGAUGGUGUACUCCAAGGUUGAUAUGCCUCACCAGUACAUGAGUAAUGGAGUUGAGGGGACAUCAUUGUACCGUAGCUUACGUGGGAGAUCAUCAAGUACAAGGAGAUCUAACGAUGAUCCUGUUCAAACUGCAACAAUGCGAGCUGAACUUCAUAGACGUGGUAUAGCACAAAUGAGGAUCAACAAUCGGUCACUUCAAGACAUGUAUAUAUUUGGAGAUCCUUUGCGUGUUCCUAUUAUUAUUGUUGAACGCUUGGAAAACAUGUACCGUUCUGCCAGUGUGAAGUCAUAUUUCCUUCCUUUGGAGGACAAAGCUAGACAUAUCCUGGAAAAUGGAUCUAGAGCCAUAAUACAGUUGCCUAGGAAUAGCCCACAACAAAAUGAGCAUGUUUUGAGAGUAGUUGUUUUUGUUCACGGGUUUCAGGGACAUCAUUUAGAUUUACGGCUUAUUAGGAACCAGUGGCUUUUAAUAGACCCCAAAAUACAGGUUCUUAUGUCAGAGACAAAUGAAGACAAAACAUCUGGAGAUUUCAGAGAAAUGGGAUCACGGCUUGCUCAGGAAGUUAUCUCUUUCCUGAAAAAGAAGAUGGAUAAAGCUUCAAGAGUUGGAAACUUAAAAGAUAUGAAGCUUAGCUUUGUUGGCCAUUCUAUUGGGAAUCUCAUCAUCAGAGCUGCUUUGGCAGAAAGCAUCAUGGAGCCUUAUCUAAGAUACUUGUAUACAUAUGUUUCUAUAUCUGGUCCGCACUUGGGUUAUAUGUAUAGUUCGAACUCUAUAUUCAAUUCAGGAUUGUGGCUCUUGAAGAAGAUCAAGGGCACACAAUGCAUCCAUCAACUAACUUUCACAGAUGAUCAUGAUCUUGAAAAUACCUUCAUCUACAAUCUCUCAAAGAAGAAGACACUGGCAAACUUCAAGAAUGUGAUUCUUUUAUCCUCUCCUCAGGAUGGUUAUGUUCCAUAUCAUUCUGCCAGAAUAGAACUGUGUCCAGCAGCAACAAUGGACUUUUCUAAACAAGGGAAAGUGUUCCUGGAGAUGUUAAACAAUUGCUUGGACCAAGUGAGAACUCACUCUGAACAUCGUGUCGUCAUGCGCUGCGACAUUAACUUCGAAACCUCCUCCUACGGCAGGAGGAGCUUCAACACACUUAUUGGACGUGCUGCUCACAUUGAAUUCUUGGAGUGUGACAUUUUUGUCAAGUUCAUAAUGUGGUCUUUCCCAGAGCUCUUUAGUUAGUAAAAAAAGGGUACUAUUUGCAUGACAUAAGACUUACACUAUUACACAACAUAGUGAGAUCAAAGCAAUCAUUAGAUGCCAAGGUAAUUAUUUCUUGCAUUGGCAUGCACAACCAACAGCACGUGUGUACGAUAUCGGUUAAAAGUUAAAAGUGUUUUACAAGUUGUUGGUUUUGUGGGCUUAUUAGGCAAAAUGGUGUAUAGUAACAAUUGGAAUUCAAGAAUUUUCUGCUGAAAGUCAAAGUUAUCUCUUUACAUUGUGAUUUUGCCUUGUUGGUCCAGUGUCGUGUCAACUGUUUGUUUUGCCGUUGUCUACGGUCUAAUUCUGAUUCUUAUUUUUCAUCUCAAUUUAUGCUCACUUUAAUAGAGUUUAUUCUA